AUGACUUCGCCUAUGACUUACUUCAGAAAGCGCCGCGCUUUGGAAGGAGGAUUGACCGUUGCAGGCUCGAGUCUGGGUGGUGUAAUCUUUCCUCUCAUGGUCAACAAUCUCCUUUCGGAGGUCGGUUUUGCAUGGACGAUGCGAAUCUGCGCUUUCUUGAUCCUUGGACUCUGGGCUAUUGCCAUGCUCACCAUCUCCUCCAACUUGCCUCACACUCGCAAGGAGUUCAACCUUGCGAACUACCUUCGGCCUUUCACGGAAUUCAACUUCUUGAUCUUGUUGACGUUCUGCUUUUUCCUUUACUGGUGA